AAUAUGAGUAUCCUCAUAUUUAGGGUAUCAACUGUCUAGUCCAAACAAUCAAUAUCCAGAUCUACCUUGUGAUACUCUGUACCUAGUACUAAUCACUUACCUAAUUUCAUCGUGGAAACUUAUCAUAUUUAACUCUUGAUAUUUUAAUUUCUUUCUUGCAGAAUUUUAUAAUCCUCAAUAAUACCAAGUUAAGAUGUCAAGUUCAGAUAAUGAGAAAGAGCAAAAGCCAUCAUCAAUUCCAUCGAAAUCUUCGAUGGAGAUUCUGUCAGAAUUAUUUAGCACAUUUCAUGCAGAGCCGCCUUUGAUAAUAAAAAGAGAAAAGUCUGAGGAAUCAGGGAAGAAACACAAAAAGAAGAAAAAACAUAAGCAUAAAGAUAGGAAACAUAAGAAGAAAGAUAAAAAGAAAAGGAGAUCAGGUAGUUCCUCUAGUGGUGGCAAUUCUGAGGUAGACCUGGCUAAAAUACUGAUUAGGCAAACCAAAGCUGAACAAAAGAUUAAAAUCGAAGGCACCAGUGUUGAAUUGGAUUUGAAUAAUAUUAAACAGGAAGUCAAAAAAGAAGAUGACAUAGGUUCAAGGAAAAUUAAAGCAGAAUAUGUAAAAGUAAAGAAAGAAAAUACUGAUGCUGAGGCUGAAAAUAAAAAUCAAACUAGCAUAGAUGACGAAAAUAAUGCUGCAGAUAAUAGGAAUGGAAAGAAUAAAAUUGUCAUCAAGGACCUCAAGUCAUCUUCUGUAAGUGAAGUCCUGAAAGAAAAAGAGAGAGAACAUUCAGAAGGAGAAAUUGUUGAUUCUGAUGAUGAUAGAAAGAAAAAACGCAAGAGCAAACAUAAACACAAGUCUGACAGAGAUUCAAGAAAACGUAGCAGGAGUAGGAGCAAGGAAAGGAGUGAUAAAAGGGCAAAAACCAAAAGUUACAGUAGCAGAGAUAAGGAUAGGCAAAAUGAUAGACACUAUUCUCAUAAUGAUUUUUACAAGGGGCAUUCGAGUCGAAGUAAAGAUGAUGAAAGAAAUAGAGAAAGAGAUAGACAUAGAGAUAAGUCAAGAGAUAGGUAUAAGGAUGAGUAUGAUAAGGAAGUGGAAGAGUACAAAAGGAGUAGAAAUAGAGAAUUAGUAAAGGAUGAUGGGUUUUAUAAGGGUAGAGAUACGAGUGAUAGAGAUAGUAAAUGGACAUCUUCUAGAGAUAGAUAUAGGGAAAGAGAACAUGAAAGAGAUCGCAAGAGAAGGUCCACCUCUAAAGAUAGAGAAAGUUCGUCUAAAAUUGAUAAGAAAAAACUUCUAGAAAUAGCUAGAAGAAAUGCCAUAAACAUGAUGAAAUCAGGUAAUCUACCAGCAGCUCUAUCUUUAGGCCCACAGGCUCAAGAGAAAGUGAUAGCAGCCAUCAAGUCUGGAGGCAAAACUAUAGAAGAGUUGACUGAUUUCUGCAAGACUUUAUCCAAGAAAGAGGAGCUUGGUGAAUUGUCCAGUCUUUCUGAGAAAGAUGAUAGUGAUAGUGAUACUGAUAAGCCGUUCCAUCAUCCAUUCCAAAUUAAAGAUAGACCAACUUCAAUCACAAUGAACAUUAAGAAUUCCGUGCCAUUGCCCGUAAAAUCCCUCGUAGAGCGCACCAGCGAGCUGCGCAUGCAAUUCCCCGUGAGCAGCGGCCAGCAGCACCGCAAAGGGGAGGAGUGGCUGCCCGUGUCCCCGGCCACAGCGAACAAGGCGGAAGACAAGCAAGCUCCGCCCCGUCCAACUACCUCUGUUCCAUUGGCUGACGUACCGCUACCGCCACUUCCGAUCGAAGCUCCGCCCGCUGCGCCCCUGUUGCCUGCUGUUGUACCGCCCGUUGCGAAGGCGGUGGCGGCUGUGGUAGCGCCUGCGAUUGUGCCGCCUGCUGCCGUUGCGCCACCUGUGGCAGCGCCGGCAAGUGUUGUGGCGCUUCCUGGGCCGCAAGUAUUUCCAUUGACAGUUGCUGGACAGCAACAAGUUGAUAUUAGCUCUAUAGUGUCACAGAGGCUAACAGCAAUGAGAAAAUUGCAAGAAAACCCGCAUGAUGUCCAAGCUCUGACCCAAAUGCACAAAAUUAACAGAGAGAUGCAGUCUUGGGCUUCUAGUAAACAACAGUUUGGCCAAUUUACCGGCACAACAGGAGCAAAUAUCCUGUCACAAGCAGAGCUAUCGUCUGGAUUUCAAGCCUGGGCCAAAAAGGUAUUAGUGGCCGGAUAUAUUACUGUUUCCUUUUUUGCAGGCCGUUAUAGCGUUAUAUCAGGGUGCACCGAACGGACACGUUGCCAUGGUCAUAGAAGUUAAUUGGACCAACUGCAAACUGCGGCUCCCGUGACAGGCGGAAUGGGCAUGCACCUCCUCCAGAAGAUGGGCUGGAAACCCGGCGAGGGCUUAGGCAAAGAGAAGACCGGCACUCUGGAACCACUGUUACUCGACGUAAAGUUGGACAAACGUGGUCUGGUCAGCAGCGACGAGCAGCCCCAGAAGAAGAAGCAGAAGCUGAAGGGCCAGCCUGCUAUCAAGACCCUACAGGGCAAGCAUCCGGUAUCGCUGUUAGGGGAGUAUGCGUCCAAGAGGAAGCUGGGCGCGCCCGAGUAUGUACUGGACUUCGAGUGUGGGCCAGAUCACAAGAAAAACUUCCUUUUCAAGGUGGUUUUGAAUGGUAUUGAAUAUAAACCAAAUGUAGCAAGUCAAAAUAAGAAAGAGGCUAAAGCAGCAGCUGCGACGCUUUGUCUGCAGCAAAUAGGCUUACUUCCUGUGGAGCCAUCAACAUGAAAUGUUUUCAUACAGUUUAAGGUGUUUUUGGAUAUCAUGUUCCUUGAUUUUUGUGCAAAUAAAUGUUAAUUUUAUAUUAA